ACCAUCGACAAGCCACAAGCGCACACUCUCAGCAGCCAAACCCCCUAGCUAGCUAGUAACCAGACCAGUUCGUCCCACCAUGGUCGCCGCACCGGCAGGCCCGGGAGGUGGAGGUCCGUCUCUCUCUCCGUGCGCCGGCUUCGUCGCGGACUCCCUGAUCCUCCCCACCCGGAACGUCAGGCUCUUCGCGCCGGUCUUGGCGCUCGUCCUCGCCCACACCUUCCUCUUCCUCGCCGUCGCCGUCCACUUCGCCCACGAGUACGCCCUGUCGGGCCCCACGAUCUGGUUGCACCCAGCGGCGCUGCUCGUCCUCCACCUAGCGUACCUCGCCAGCAAGCUCGCCACGCAGGCCGCCGUCGCGCUCGCCGCCUGCGCCACGCUCCGCGGCGACCGGCCGCGCUCGCUCGCCGAGCUCGUGCGCGGCACCCCCCGGCCACGCGGCAUCUUCGCCUGCGCCGCGCUGGUCGCCGCCGCGGAGCUCGCGUCGACGGCCGUCCCGGCGUACUACCUCGACUCCUGGUACAGGUACAGCUGGAGCCACUCGGACACCGGCGGCGUGGAGUCGUUCGUGCAGGGCGUCCUGCUGUUCGUCUUCCUCGCCACGCUCCUCCUCCGCCUCUUCCUCGCCGCGGUCUUCCCGGUCGCCAUCGCCGCGUCGGCGACGGCGGCGGCAGAGGAAGGCGGCGACGGUGGUGGCGGCGCGAGCGCGGCCGCUCAUCUCCAGCGCGCGUGGCGGCUCAUGACCGCGGCCGCGAGCUGGAAGGAGGCCGCCCUGCAGGUGCUCGUGGUGAGCGUCGUGCUGCCACUGGCCACCUACCCGGUGUACGCGUUUGCUCUGGACUGCGGGCAGGGCGGGUGCGUGCUUUUGCUGGGCAGCCUGUACGGGUUCCUUCUGCCGUCCGCCGGUGUGCAGCUCUACUCCACGGUGGCCGCCACCGUGUUCUACCACCGGGGCAUGGAGCAGCAGCGUCGUCGUGAUCUUGCCAUUCCACUGAUGAUGAAGGACAUGAAGCUAGGAGGUACCCCGCUAAAUUCUCUGAAAUUGAUUAAGGGUGCGACGAUCGCCUGAAGAGUCUAUGAUGAAUAGCGAUCUGCUCUGAUUCGCCUGGAAGAAUCCGACAUUCCUAAUGUUCCUCCUGUCCGAGCAGCUCGGGUGCAAAUUUAUGGCCAUGCAUAUAGUGGAAAUGGCACUCGCUUUGUUCAGGUUUCAGUAAAUUUCCAGGUCCGCCAUUCGUGAGCUGCCCAGUUGCAGUCCAAACUUCAGAAGUCGUGUGGCUCAUCCUAAAAAAGAAAAUCUUAUGAUGUACUCUUUCCAUUCUGAAUUACUUGUCGCAAGUAUGGAUGUAUCUAGAUGUAUUUUAGUUCUAGAUACAUCCAUUUCUG